GAGCAUGUUUGUCUUGCCUGCAGUGUGCGCUGUCCCUGUCCUUCCUGCUGCUGCUCAUGUUGUUGGUCAGUUUCUCUGGAUGUAACCUAUGGGUAGAAGCUCUGCCUAGGGCCUGGGGGUCUGUCGUUUACCCCUGCUACAGAAUAGAAGCACUGGGCAGGACAAAGGAGGCAGGCACGACCACUUCUGACAGGAACGGAGACUGCGUGUUCUUCAUUCUGUGAACUUCUUGGGCGUGGAUUACAGGAAACAGCACUGCUCUUUUGAACAAACAGAACAGUUAUGGAGAAUUUGCUGCUGUGAACCACUGCAAAUGAGAGAAGCUUUUAGACCUAAGGGAGAACAGGCUUGAGUAUUAGUUUCUGCUCUGUUUCUCAGCCUUUAUGCUGAAUUGAGACACAUCACUGUCUUUAACACUGGAUUCAGUCAUGCUGGACACCAACCACUGUCUGCCCAUUGGUGCAUCCUCCUUUGAGGAUCAGCCAACCAGAAGUGAUCAAGAUAAGCAACCAGUAAGGAUGGACUAUGAAAGAUGUGCCUAUCAUAGCCUUAAAGAAGUUCUCCAGCUCAAACUGCAACAGAGGAGGACACGAGAGGAGCUCGUCAGCCAAGGAAUUAUGCCGCCACUGAAGAGUCCGGCUGCAUUUCACGAGCAGAGAAAAAGCCUGGAGAGAGCACGGACUGAGGAUUAUUUGAAGAGGAAGAUCAGGAGCCGUCCAGAGAGGUCGGAGCUGGUGAGGAUGCACAUACUAGAGGAGACCUCAGCGGAGCCGUCUCUGCAGGCCAAACAGCUGAAGCUGAAAAGAGCCCGCCUGGCCGACGACCUCAACGACAAGAUCUCUCACCGGCCCGGCCCCAUCGAGCUCAUUCAUAAGAACAUCCUGCCCGUGCCUGCGCUCAUAGAUACAGAGUCUCCAAAGGGUGAGAAUUCCUCACUGGAUGAGGACAGCAGUGAUGCUCUGUCUCCUGAUCAGCCAGGCAGUCAGGACUCUCCACUAAGCCAUGCCCCCCAGCACUCUCCCUCCAAUAUGCUCAAUCUGAACAGAAACCCUUCACCUACACAGUUUGUCACUCAGGUUGCGCCAUCUCUGGUUAAUGGUUCUGCCUCCUCCCCUCCACCAAAUCUGACCAAUGCGACUCUGAUGGCUACAAGUGCCCGUCCUCCUACAGGACCUGCCAAACCAAAGUCUAGUGCCGAGCGGUCUGCUCAACGGCCUAAGAAGCCCAAAGAGAACAAGCCUAAGGUGAAGAAGCUCAAGUAUCACCAGUACAUCCCGCCUGACCAGAAGAACGACCGCGAGCCCCCUCCCCAGCUGGACUCCUCUUACGCCCGGAUCCUCCACCAGCAGCAGCUCUUCCUGCAGCUCCAGAUCCUCAGCCAGCAACAGCAGCAGCACUACAACUACCACACCAUCCUGCCUGCCCCUCCCAAACUUCCUGCUGAGCAGCAGCCAGCAUCCACCAACUCUGGUCCUUCCCCCUCCCGCUCAGUCGCCAUACCGUCUACUGCCCCACCUAGUCAGAGUGGAUCAAAGAGCCAGCCAGCACCAGGAGGAGCCAAGCCUGCAGCAUUGCCUGCGAACCUGGAUGAAUUCAAAGUUGCGGAGCUUAAGCAGGAGCUAAAACUGAGGGGUUUGACUGUGUCCGGCACCAAGAACGACCUCAUAGAGAGACUGAAGAACUACCAGGAGCAGAAUGGUGGGCCAGGAACAGCAGCAGGGACUGUGAAAAUGCUCCCAGCUGGGCUGCUGCAGGCUGCGGCCCAGUCUGCCGUCCCUGCCCCUGUGGCACACCAAUCCAAAGACGGGAAAGUGGCAGUGACCAAUGGGGUCCAUGCAUCAGCUCCGCCCCAAAUCAUGCGCUUCAGCAGCACAAGCUCCUCUCCGCCUGUGUCUCCUACACCAUCCGAUCGCUCGCUGGCUGGAAUGAGCACAGAUGAGACGAGUUGUAACGGAGACGUGUUUGGAGAAAUGGUGACCUCCCCUCUUACACAGCUCAGUCUGUACCCAUCGCCAGAGCACGCCUCCCCGGUCAAAGAGGAGCCCCUCGGACAGCUGGCGCCCUCAUGCUGUCUGUCGCGGGCCGCCCCCCUGCAGCGUCUCCUCCCUCAGCUGCCGGAGGUCCCGCUGGCGCCCCUGCAGGUGGACAAGGACCAGAUGCUGCAGGAGAAGGACAAGCAGAUCGAGGAGCUGACGCGCAUGCUGCGGCAGAAGCAGAGGCUGGUGGAGACUCUGCGUUCGCAGCUCGAGCAGGGCAAACGUGCCACGCCUGCCUCCAGCUGCGACUCCACCUCCAAGCCCGAGGAGCCGGCAUGUGCCCGCAGCAACGCCCCAAGGGUGAAGGAAGAGUCAGAGGCUGAGACCAGGCCACCCAGCAAGGCGCAGACACAGUGCUCGCAGCAGACCCUGCUCAAGCUGCAGCAGAUCCACCAGCUGCAGGUGCAGCCGCAGCCAGAGCAACAGGCGCCGCACCAACAGAAACUGCAGCAGCUGACGGUCCAGCAAAAGCAGCCGCAGGCCAAUCAGAGGAAGCAGCAGAGGCCACAAAAGCAGCAGCUGCCGAAACAGCAACCGUUACAGGCACAACAGGUAUCACAAGUGUUUGCCAAUCAACAGACUAGCACUCAGGUGACUACAUCUUUCGCGCUGGAUCUUCUGAAAGCACACCCAGCACCCACCCUUCUCACAGAUGGCAAUGGCAACCAUUACCUUAUUGCACUUGCCAAUAACAGCCUGAACGGAGAAUCUCCUCAAAGUAAAUCCAAUGGACACAUCACCCUGCAGAGAUUGCAAUCCACUUCUAUAAAGCUCCCCAGCCAGACAGCUCAUGAAGCAGUCGAUCCUGUGAACCAGCCCCAACCACCCCAGCAAGCUGUCCAGGUCAAACAGCCCAGUACAAAGGUACAAAGGACAGGCCUGCACGUUGAGACUGUUGCUGUUCACACAUCAAGCCAGACUGUGUCUACCCCGCCCAGUCUCCAGCCAUUCUUCCUCAGUGAAGAGCCAUGCCCUCUCACCCAGACCGGAUCCCCCCCCUCGCUCAAGGAAGAGGUGUGUCCAAGCUUUGACCAACACACCUUGUUUACCCCACCUUCUCCAAAACUGGCAUCCCAUUCCCCUCAACAUCCCAAAGAGAAUGGUUCUAACAGUCAACAUAUCGAUGACUUGUUUGACAUUCUCAUUAAGAGUGGAGAAAUCUCAGGUGGGUUCAAGGCCAACCCAGACCCUUCCCUCUCAGACCUGCACUCCAACCCUCCCACUCCCUCCCCAUCCUCCUCCCCGCUGCACCUCUCGCCUCCCACCCCACCCCGUUCCCAGAAGCCCGCUGAUGGGCCCGAGCGGCCCUGCUUAGGAACUGCCCGUCUGGAAGACUUCCUGGAGAGCACUACAGGGACUCCCCUGCUCGGCGUGGAGCCUGAUGGCCCGCUGACGCUGAUCGAUGACCUCCACAAUCAAAUGCUGAGCACUUCCAGUAUUCUGGAUCAUCCCCCUUCCCCAAUGGACACUGGCGACCUGAGCUUCUCCCCCCAUACCUCCAGCUUGGACUUCGAAGACCCAACCCUAGACAGCAUGGAUUGGCUGGACAUAUCCAUGGGUGGAGGGAACAGCUCAGGCACAAUUCUGAUCCCUCUGAGUUCUCACACGCCCCCUAGUGUGUUCUCAGCAGACUUUCUGGAUGGUUCAGACCUUCAGCUCCACUGGGACUCUUGUUUGUAGCUCUUGGUCUUAACUGCUCAGCAGAUGCAACGCAACGUAGCACCUUCAUCCUUAUACUGUGUACAGGCUUUACAUACAAACACUCCAACCUACAUGCUGUUUCACAUGCUGAAAACAUUUUUCUUAAUACUCCACCAGACUGUUGUAUGGUGUCUUGUUUAAUAGGUCUGCUAAAGCACUGAGUGUUAUUUCCCUACCACCUUGACAACACACGCACAUGUUUGUACAGUGCACUGCACUGAUGUCUUUGCCAACAGACCAAUCUGUAGUCCCUGCUUGCUUUCUUCUCCUUUAGGAAUUCCAUGAAAGGCCCUUAUAUCUCCUACCAAAAAAAGUUCUGGACCAGCCGUUUGGCUGUUUUGCCAGGUGCGGAAUAUUUGGUUCUUGAUUGCAAGCUUGCACAUCUGGUUGCAUGGUCUCACGAAUGCUGACCUGAAUAAAUAGUAUUCGAUUCCUGGUGGUCUCUAAAACGUCAGGAUUUUGUGGGUUAUCGUUUAAUAAAAGAUUUCCCUGUCUAUCAGACACUGUUUUAGUGGGUUACCCAUGCCAUAUAGCUGUCAAUCCGUGAUACUUUUUCUGCUGGCACUGAUGGAGUUUGGGCACACUGAUGGGAGGGAGGAUUUAGGAGAGAGACAGCUCUUUUCUGGUCUCUAAAUUUGGCUUUGGAAAAUCUUCCCAUAUGCCAGUGCUUCCAACUUUGCACUUAUGCUGACCUGACUACUGUUCUGGUCUAAGGAAACCUCCCAAUCAAAUGAACUUUGCUGGGAACUGGGUUUGGUGAUGUUCACCAGAUCUCUAUGCAUUGCUGUAUUUGAGGUACAUAUUACUGACUAAAGCCUUUUUCUUCUCUUAUUGUGUGGAUGAGCUGGUGGAGGUCAUGGGUGGGGUUUCAGAGUAUUAGAAAAUAAUUUUUUAAAAAAUAAAAAAUAUACAAACAAAAAUGAA